AUGCAUCACAUCCAGAUUAACGGCAACUCACGCCCUGAUGCAGGAGCUGCCAGCACCGCAUUUCUCAACACUUUCGCAGCACCGCCACCCAGUGUAGCUAAUUCCAAUUACAUCCUAAUCCAGACCAAGGGCCCCUUAAGCGCUCAGCAAAAACAAGAACUUCGGGACAAGGAUGUCGAAAUUCUAGAGUACAAGGGUGAAGACGUCUACCUCUGCGGCUACAAGCCUACUACGUUAGAGCCCCUGAUCAGUAACCUCAGGGACUUCGUCACAGACGCCGAGGUCUAUCACCCGGAUUAUGUGGUUGAGCCAGACCUCAAGACGGGCAACGACGAUGACGAAGCAGAGGUGGAAGUUGCCCUUCAUGAAAAUAUUGGUGACGAUGACAUGAGCCGUGUGGUCAAUGACAUUGCUGCCCAGGCGGACAUUCCGGUUGCCAACGUCGAGCUUCAUGACCGCAAGGCUUGCGUCAAGGUGCCCAAGUCCAAGCUAGCCCAGCUCGCGCGCAUCGACGAAGUGAAGGCCAUCAACGAGGUGCAAACCCGCCGCCUCUUCAACAAUGUUGCUUGCGGCAUUCUCGAAGCCCACACGCCCGUUGGCACAGCGAAAACCACCUACAAAGGCAAAGGACAGGUCGUGUGCGUAGCGGACACUGGGUUUGACACGGGUUCGCUAACCGAAUACCACGAAGCGUUUGGUGACCGCGUCAUUUCCCUCCACGCUAGGGGCCGGCCUGCCGCCCGGGGUGAGCCUGGGAACUCGGACGAUCCAGACGGCCACGGCACCCAUGUCUGCGGCUCUGUGCUAGGCAAAGGGGAUCAUGCCAAAGAGGGCGAGAUUGAGGCCCCAGCGUCCGAGGCCAAACUCGUCAUGCAGUCCCUCUUUGACAAGUUCGACAAGAGUGAGGGUCCAGAUCCGAAGUCUUGGAAUGCUGGGUUGGGCGGGAUUGGCAACAGCUACCCCGACCUCUUCGGCGGCGUCUUCCGGGAGGGGGCCACGAUCCAUACCAACUCCUGGGGCGGACCACCUCAGCCCUAUGUUGAGCGAGAAUCGGCCAGGAUCGACAGCUACCUCUGGGGAAACAAAGACAUGACGGUUCUCUUCGCCGCGGGCAACUCGGGAGCCGACAUCGACCGCAACCCCGGCCACGUCGACCCGUAUUCGCUGUCCGCCCAGGCCGUUUCCAAGAACGUCAUCACCGUCGGCGCAUCCGAGAAUCGUCGACCCAACGUCAAGAGCCCCGUGGCGGGAAAUAAGCCGCUCGUCUACGGCGCCUGGCGCAGCAAGUUCCCCUUCGGGCCCAUCUCGGUCGACAACGUGGCCGACAAUCCCGAGGGCAUGGCCGCAUUUAGCAGUCGCGGCCCCACUCGGCCCGAUGGCCGGAUCAAGCCCGAUGUCGUCGCUCCCGGCACUACCAUCCUGUCAGCCCGCUCCAGCAAAAUUGAGCCCGGGCAUCACGGCGAAUCCUGGGGACGCAGCAGCGAUGCCAGGUGGAUGUACUUGGGCGGCACGAGCAUGGCCACGCCCCUUGUUGCCGGCUGCUGCGCCGUGAUUCGUGGGGCUCUAGUUGACAACCGUGUGCCCCGGCCAAGCGCGGCGCUUAUCAAGGCAUUGCUGAUCAACGGCGCGGUGCCUAUGAAGGGACAGUACAACCAGGCUCUGCCAAACGGGGAGUUUGGACCGUCCGUGGAUGCGCCCAACCCCAACUCUGGCUUCGGCCGCGUCAACUUGGCCAACUCUCUUCGCAACAUUGUCGCCAACCAGGAGAGCACCGUCUACGGAUACCAGGACGUGACGGGCGAUCAGUCCCUUGGCAUGGACGGCCAACACAGGGGCGAACACGCCGUCACCGUUGACAUUCCAGAAGGCAGUCCCGCAGGACUGACCUUGAAGGUGACGCUCGUAUGGACCGACUUCCCCGGCGAGAGGCUGCAGAACGACCUCGACUUGAUUGUCGCUGGAGCUGGUGUUGAGAAGCAUGGAAACCAGGGUGACGGCUCUGGGUUUGACCGAGUGAAUAAUGUGGAGCAAGUCGUUUGGAAAAAUGUGAAGCCCGGAUCGUAUACCGUCACCGUGAGAGCCUUCCUCACCACCAAGGAUCCUCAGCCGUUUGCUCUCGCAUGGAGAGCAUUUGCGUAG